AUGACAGUUGUACCCAACAAGAACAACGAGCUAAUACUGAUGCGUACAGUUACCAGUUGGAGAAUCUGGAUGGAUUACUGGAAACUCAACGCUGCGACCAAAAAGGAUCACUUCCCCUUGCUCUUUAUUAACCAAAUGCUGGAUAGGUUGGCGGGGAAUGACUUCUUUUGUUUUUUGGACAGAUACACGAGUUUGUGGAAGAAUGUAGUAUGCUUGGAAAAUCUGGAGAAGAUCCUAAAGAGGUAUGAUGACACAAAUCUGGUUCUUAGUUGGGAGAAGUGUCACGUCAUGGUGACCGAGGGAAUUGUUCUUGGACACAAGGUUUCCAAAUUUGUCAAGGAUUUCUCAAAAAUUGGUAGGCCACUGAACAUGCUGCUACCUUUCGACUUCAACACGAAUUGCCUGAUUGCAUUUGAAAAAUUGAAGAAUGCACUUGUUUCAGCUCCAGUUCUAAUCUCGCCUGAUUGGAUAAAACCAUUUGAGCUUAUGUUGAUGCCAGUCAUCAUUCACAUAGAUCAUUCUGCUAUCAAAUACUCAAUGACAAAGAAGGAUACGAAGCCAAGAUUGAUCAGAUGGGUUCUACUGCUUCAGGAGUUUGACACAGAGAUAAUAGACAGAAAAGAGCCAGAGAAUAAAGUCGCAGAUCAUCUAUCACGACUUGAAAAUCAUGAAAAUGAUCCCAUGCAACCCUCUGUAAACGCCUCAUUCCCUGAUGAAAUGCUGUUAAAGAUCGAUGAGUACUUGCCUUGGUACGCGGACAUUUUCAAUUUCCUAGUUUGA